AAUAAAGAUAACGGGAAGACAAGGCGGGAGGGACACCUGCCGUUCACGUCGGGGAGCCUGUGGGCCCCAUGAGGUCGGGGAAACUGAGGCUCAGGGGCAGGAUCGGAAGCCGGUUUGACUUACACGCGGGGGUCGCUUAACUGCUGUGCAGGCUUUCAGCAUGGGCUGUGGAAUUCCUUUGUUUGUUAUUAAGUGGGACUCUUCUGUUGCAGUAGGUGUCUCCAAACAGGACAUUCGUGAGCAAAUUUGGGACCACAUGGAAUCACAAAAUUUAGCUGACUUUCCCCGACCUGUUCAUCACAGGAUUCCCAACUUUAAGGGGUCUUAUCUGGCCUGCCAAAACAUCAAAGACCUAGACGUUUUUGCCAGAACACAGGAAGUUAAAGUGGACCCUGAUAAACCACUGGAAGGCGUUCGGCUGCUGGCGCUGCAGAGCAAUAAAACAUUGUUGGUUCCAACACCACGACUGAGAACGGGGUUGUUUAAUAAGAUCACACCACCCCCUGGGGCAACUAAAGACAUCCUGAGAAAAUGUGCCACCUCUCAGGGUGUGAGGAACUGCAGUGUCCCCAUUGGCUUGGAUUCCAGGGUCCUUGUGGAUUUAGUUGUGGUGGGAUCCGUCGCCGUUUCCGAAAAAGGCUGGAGAAUCGGGAAGGGAGAAGGCUACGCCGAUCUGGAAUAUGCCAUGAUGGUAUCCAUGGGUGCCGUCAGCACGGAGACGCCGGUGGUCACCAUCGUCCACGACUGCCAGGUCGUGGACAUCCCUGAAGAGCUCCUUGAGGAGCACGACAUCACCGUUGACUACAUCCUCACUCCAACCAGAGUCAUCGCCACAGGCUGCGAGCGCCCACAGCCAAUGGGAAUCACCUGGUCCAAGAUCAGCCGGGAGAUGAUGGAGAAAAUCCCAGUAUUGAGGAGCCUCCGCGCCCGAGAGCAGCAGGCUGGGAAGGACGUCACCCUCCAGGGUGAGCACCAGCACCUUCCGGAACCAGGCCGCCAGCAGGCAGUGCGCCUGAGUGCUGGCAGAAGGCCCCCGGACACACCCGGGCCAGAAGCCAGUUCCAUGGCGGCAGCCCGUGGCUCCCCAUCAGGGGAGGGUGCCCCGCUUGCAGCCGACGUUUAUGUUGGGAACCUCCCCCGGGACGCCCGUGUGAGUGACCUGAAGAGAGCCCUGCGUGAACUCGGCUCCGUGCCCCUGCGGCUCACCUGGCAGGGCCCACGGCGCAGAGCCUUCCUCCGUUACCCAGACUCAGCCGCAGCCCAGCAGGCUGUCUCCUGCUUGCAGGGCCUGCGACUGGGCACCGACACCCUGAGGGUGGCGCUGGCCAGGCAGCAGAGGGACAAGUGACCUUGUGGAGAGCCACAGAGCUCACUGCAGACUCACCAUCCCCAUCCCCUGCUGCUCCGGUUCCCAUGGCACUCGAGAGGCCUGCAUGGCAAGACGUGGCAGAGCCACCGCGUGAGCUGCUCGGGUCUCAGUUCUUUCCAGAAGUUACCACUCAGUGAACGCCCAGGGCCUCCUGUGAGUGGGGAAGCGAGCCCACAGUCCAUCUCACAGCACACACAGACUUCAGCCUCCCGUUCGUGCAGGCUCAGGCCUUGAGCCAGUUUGUGUUUCUCUGGAGGGACAGAGCAGAGGGGCCGGGGACUGAGUGAGUGGCGAAGCAGGGGUUGGUGAUGUGAAGAUGAUCUCGGGUUUGCCAGGGGUGGGCUGAACGGGAGAAGAUGGGCAAAGGAUCCGGCUCUCAAGAGGCCCUGGCCGGGACUGCAUGCCGGGUACAGAGAGCGCCCUUGGACUUUAGGGUCCUGAGCUGGCAGCAUGGCAGAGAGAGCUCCAUCCAUGUCACAGGAGCCCAGGGAGCUCAGCCCCUGGGUAAAAAGUGCUCACUGUAGCUCAGAUCAGUCCUCAGGUCACACUUUGGGGAGCCAGCGUCCCUUCUUCCCCUCCCCAGCCCACUCCUCCCUCUGCGGACACACACUCCGGGCCCUCAGCCAGCUGGCUGCACGGGGAGCAACUUGGUGUUGUGGGAGAGACCGGCUCUGGGAGAACGGGUUUCAUCCCAGCCUACGUCACAUUUGCCCAGUGCCUUACGUUUUCUGGUUUUUUCCCUCCAGUUCUGUUUCUAAAAACCAGCUGGAGUUUGGCUGAACUGUCCUUUCUCAACAGAAGCGCUUUUGCAAUUGAUCCCGGGCAACAAGUCAAAAUAAGCUUUUAAGUGGAGAUUUUAUUUUUUUCAAAUGUAUAUGCUUUGGAAAUUUUGAUUUUUUAGCCAGAGGGUUUUACCAAGUGUUAUUUUAAGCACAUUAUUAUGCCUCAAGAGGGCAGCCCUUGCACGCACUUUAAAGAAAAUGUUUUCAGGACACUCAGUCUUCUCUUUGAAAGGGCAUUUUCUCACUGGUUUUCCCGUGAAAAUCCCGUGGAGACUUUGGAAAGAAAACGCGGCCUUAGAUUUGCUCAUUAAAGACUGAUUUCCUUCCUAAGUCGCCAUGAAUAAAAUGGGGGAGUAGAAACGUCUGGAAGCACCACACUUGGCCCUGGGCCCUGGGCCCACUGUGUCCUUGGCCUCCCCCCGACCCGCACGGCUGGUCACAUUUGUCACUGGGCAUUCAGCUCAGUGUCAGAGGCCGACUCAGCCCCCAGUUCAGAGUAGUCACCUGGUUGCACUGAAGUCCUCACCUUCUUUUCUCUCUUUUUUUAAAGAACACUUCUCUUUUUGAAAGAUUCUCGUUUGUUUUUUUGUUUACCUUUUUUCUGUGGAUUUGCUGCCGUUAGAAUAGCAACUCGAGGAGAAGAGCAAGUGAGUCAUCCCUGCCUUGUCCACUCCCUGUCCAGCCAGCAGUGGGCACAGCCCUGCAGACAGGAGCAAGGACUUCUGGGAAUAGACCCACUGGAGCCGGGAGAGGGAGAAGCUGGAUUCUGACCCCACCACUGAAACUCCUGUGUCCAGCCAUGCCUGAUGACCACCCCACCCUCAGACGGCCAGAUUAAACCAGUCAGUACAGGCUCACUCAGGGAAGCCAGACUGCUGGGGUUCCCUGACACUUUAGCCAGAAUAAUCCAGGUGUAUGGAUACACAGAUAAUCUGAAGGAGUUUCUCAUUUUUAUAUUUGUGGAACAUCGUGUAAGAAAAACCAAAGAGCAAGUGCGUGAAAUAAAAUCCCCCACAUGUAUCAGCCUGCA